AAGUGUCAGUACCGGACUGCCUGGCAGGCCUACGAGUGUCACGAACUGGACUAUGAGAUGCUUAUAAUAGAGAGUUUGGACGCGGACACGGAGACCCGGCGUCUGUCACCUGUCGCUUUAUUAGGGGACGGUUAUGUCGACCUCAUUAAUGGACCCCAGGACCACAGCAGUUGUAGUCAAGGUUUCUGCCGAAAACGUCUGUCUACGUUCAUGUCCAUAGUAGCUACAGGAAAAAACUACUCGCUAUACUUCUCGACUACAAGCCCACAGACGCUAAGGCUCUUUCUGUUGAACUCCGAUGAUAGCCAAAGCGUUAUUAUAGGUAUAUGGUACUCCGAGUCAAACCGCCGAGAUGUGUACGUGCGGGAUGAUCUAGUGUUAGCAAAGAAUGCAAGGAUGGUGAAUGGAAAGUAUAUAGUUGAUCGGCCAACACGACUCGGGGAAUUCAAUCCUGAAAAAAAUGACGUCACAGGGGCUAAUUUCUUUGACCGAGACACUAACAUUCUGUAUGUGUUAGUCAAAGGAAGCAGUCCGGUUAAAAUAGUAACAAAUCCUUCUUUAGUUGUGUCAUUUCAAAUACCUGCAUUGACACCAGAGGAAUUUUAUGGUGAGGCAUUGGUCCAAAAUCUAGCCUUGUUCUUCGAUGUGCCGCCGGAGAAGGUCAGAGUGGUCAACGUUGUCAGGGAGACCGGAAGGAGGAGAAGAGACGUUGAUGGGAACAUCAAUAUCGUGAUAGAAAUUGCUGAUCCGCCAACUACAGGUGGAAAUGCUACUGUUAACGAAACAUUGACAACAGAUGCAUUGCUGAACAGGUCGGCAGUGUUCAUAAACACAGUUCAGGGAGGAGGAAAUAUAAGUAAAGCACUGAAUCUCAGUAUUAGUGGCAUUGCUGUGUCUGAACCUCAUAUUGACAAUGGGUUGAAUUCACCACGUGCUGACACUUCCGGUAAAAUCACUGUUCCAAAGAGCAUGAAUAUAUCCGUACAUCUUGAUCCGUCGUAUGAAACUGCGCUCUUUCAUAUACAACCUUGCUUGCGCGUGUUCGAUAUAGAGGAUGAACCAAUGGAAAAACUAGGAAGUGUUGGAGAUCCUUGGCGUAUCGCAGCUUACCUAAUAUCAGGAGCUGACCGGUCUGUCAAGUUACAAGGAACAACAUCGGUUGAUGUAGUCGGGGGAUGGGCCAACUUCUCGGAUCUCGCGUUAUCACAUUACGGAGAAGACUUCACCAUUCAUUUUAAUAAGACUUACCCUGAUAAUGCAAUCGAUUUGAGAGUUCUGUCUGAUAGUUUCACUAUAAAGAGAAUCAGUAUCGGACUAAACAUCAUAUCAACCAAUAUUACGCUUGUAAACAAUGCAACAACAUCGAGGAUCGAACUGCUUGACAACACCACACAAAAUCGAAUCAGCAAUAUUACGUGGAGGGGUCAUACGUGGACUGUAAUGGUUGACCUCGAUAAUAGCGCGGACAACAGCGGAAAUAUGACCGGGUCUAAGCAAGCGACAUUCAAUCAAUCAACUGGAGACGCCAUCUUUAAUGACCUGGUGUUCGACCAGAUUGGUGUUUAUAUCCUGAAAUUCCAUGUAAAGUCCUCACCAGAGGAGUAUGACCUGUAUGGAGAGUUUCGGGUCCAAGUACUAAGUGAGGUCCAAGUACAUCUACAUAACAGCAAUAAUGCUACCUCGACAAAUAUAUCUCUGACUUUUAAUGAAAGUUAUGCAGAUGUUGUUGGAAAAAGAGACGAACACUUCGGAGCCAUGGUCGUCAACAGACUCGCCAGAAAAUAUAACGAUGUAUAUUUUGAUCGAAUAACAGUGAUACCAGUGAGCUCGACAGAACAACUCACAACAACAUCCAGCAAACAAACAAGUGCUAAUGAGAGCUAUACAGGAACCGAAACAACGCCUUCGCCUUCCGCAAACAGCCAACUCUCCUUUUCCAUGAUCAUUGCCAUAGUUAUUACUCCAGUGGCCGUUAUGUUCGGAGUCAUAUUCAUUGUUAUUAUCUGCAAAUGCAAGAGAAUACGGCAAGACGAAAGAUCAGAAUACCUGACGAAAACUUCGACAGUAAGUUCUGAUGACUUUACCAGGAGUAAGGGCGAAAAUAUCCGAAACGAGUAUGCUUUCCAGUCUGCUGUUGGGAUGACUUUUAAGCCACACCACAUUCCGCGUAUACAAACCAACACAGAAAACAGGUCAUUUACUCCAUCGUUUGAGAUUGAACAUCAACUACCAUCGUCGGCAAUGGGAAGUUUUCGGUCGUCUCGGGCCGACAAUUGGAGAAGGCCGUUUACGGAAUAUGUCGAUGACAAAACAUCUUCAUUCAGUGACGAAAUGCUCUCGUCAUUACAAUAUUAUACUGGAAAAAGAAAUUAAAAUACACACCGCCCUCGUUCAGAAAAAAAAAACUUUCCGAGAAAGUCUUCAUCAAACUGGAACAAUAAACACGACUUCGUGUUUUAAUUACACUAUGAAUGUUUUGGACAGAUUGACAUAAUAGUAAUAUGAUGUUUGUAAACUAAUUAAAAAAAGCUUCAUUCAGCGCACCAUCAAAUGAUUCAGAUGAUUUGCAACUGAGUUUUGAUAAAAAUCAACCUAUAUGAACUUAUGAACAAAACAAGAUAUAUAAGAAAAAAGAAUCUAUUAUUUUCCAAUGCAUUUAAAUGACACGUUUUAGAUUUUAGAAAACAUAUGUAUAUAAAAGAUCAAAGAUACGUCUGAAUAUAUUAAGUUUAGCAAAAUAAAUGUAGAAAUAUGUUGACUAUGUAAACUACAUGUGUAUAUAAGUUAUUGAACAAAUUGGUACAAGUAUUACCAAUGAUUCCCUCUUUAUAUCAAUCAGCUACACUAUAAACAGAGAACUUGAAAGUAGUAUGUAGAGAACAGGACUUUAUUCCAUUAUUGACUGGACAGUUUAGUUAUAUUCUAGUAAAUCAUUUGUAUAACAUACAAUAAAAUGCCAAUAAAUCACUGAUUAUUUUAGAGAGUAUCCUUCAUAUUUAACAUAGAAGUUACUUUUGUUUAUGUCAUUAAAGAUUGCAUCACUACAUUGUGCAUUAUUACAAUUGAAUUUUAGUAUUUCAAGUUUACUUCAUUUUAACCUACAUGUUUA